AUGUCGACUAGGGGUUCACCUUCUCAACCAGAGAGAUCUGAGGCUGAGUAUGCUACUGCAUCAGAAGAAGGAUUGGGUUCAAACUCAAAUGUUGAUCCAUUACAACCGCAAGAGGACAUCUCAAUACCGAUGGAACCUCGAGGUUUAUUCUUCAAGCAAAGCGAGUAUCGGUUAUACCCGAAGCUUCAAUCAAGGUGUGAAACCUUUAAUUUCAUGGAAGUCUUCAAGAGGCUUGAUAUCUCAGAGAGAAACUGGUUUGAGAACCACCCACAAUUCAAGCAUAUUGUCUACAUGUUUAUCCAGAAGAAUAGAAUGUUAAUGGGAAUGUGGAUGUUGCUUCUCCGAACAGCAGUGACAGACAAGCAGCGGCAGUGUUGGUUUGUUGUGAAUGGUGUGCCUGUUCGGUAUUCAAUCAGAGAACACGGCCUUCUUUCAAGAUUAUUCUGCCACCAUUAUCCAGCCGACUAUGAGCAGUUAGGGAGUAUGUAUUUUGUGGAGGAGCAGUUUGGAAAGACUAAUAUUGAGGUGAAAGAGGUGCGUGAGAAGCUGGAAUCAAUGGAUUUCAUUGAAGGUGGUACUGAUCGGUUGAAGAUGGUUGUACUUUUCUUCUUAGCAACUGUCAUCAAAGGAAAGUCCAAGAAAUAUGGUGGAUCCAUAGACCCAUUCAUUCUCCAAGUGGUGGAUGAUCUGGAUCUGUGUGAAACGUUUCCCUGGGAUCGUUUCACUUUUGAUGACGUCUUAGCUGAGGUUGCACAUCUGGUGGAUCAUUUUGGAGGAUCUGUUCAAGGGAAUUGGACUUUUCCGGGGUUCAUAUUGCCUUUAGAGAUUUUGGCGUUUGAAUCUAUCCCGGUUCUAAAAGCAGCAUUUCAAGAAAAAGUUGGGAAUGCAGAUGGUGAUUGUCCAAAAAUGUGCAAGUGGAAGUUUAAGAGAAUAGGCAAAACAGGAUUUUCUUUAGCUGAUAUUUAUGAAGUGCUUGGAGAUGCAAAGGAUAUUAUUAGUAUCUUGGUACCUGAAGAUGGAGAAGCCAAACUCUUGCUUGACAUCCUAGCCGAGCAUGUAUGUGAUGACUUCGAAGUAGGAGAGGAUGAUGCUGUUUCUGACCCUGUUGUUGAUAGUUGGCACACGAUUUUAGUCCAACAAAAGAAGAAGAUACACUUGAAGGAUCUGUACCUAUUAGAUGUUAAAUCCCGAGAAGACCAGCCAUUGCCCAAACCGACAGAUACUGAAGCGGUAGGAAGUGAGGAUGUGUUGAAGAAGAUGGAAGAAGGGUUUAUAAAGAUUAACGAGAAAAUGGAAGAAAGGUUUAGGAAGAUUAAUGAGAAGGUUCAUGAGAUGGACACAAGACUGAAGUCUGUAGAAAUGAAAAUAGCUGAUCAAAGGAGAGAUUCAGAUUUUAUGGAUUUUCAGUAUGAAGAUGUGGGGAGAGUGUAUGAAACAGGUGGAGGAUCAAAUGCAAGAGGUGAUAAGGGUAUGGAGGAGACACCUGCAGAGGAGACUAGGGACGCACCUGCACCUGUACCUGCGGAGGAGACCAGGGACGCACCUGCACCUGUACCUGCGUAG